UUAGCAACAUUUUGUUUUGGCGUCAAUUUUAAUAGACUGCAAUAUUGCAGUCUUUAUUUUUAUGUGUCUGGCCAGGCAUCACGCUUUGUUAUAAGAUGGACUUGAUAAAGGAAAUUAACGAGAAGUAUCAAGCAUUGGAGGCGGAAAUUGAUAAGAAACUGGAAAAAGUGCAAGCCGAGGAACAAAAACUAGAGCGUCAAAAUGAUAAGCUGGCAGAGAAAUCAACAAACGCACAGUCGCCCAAGAUAUUAUCCUUUGAGGAGGCGCUACAAAGAAACGCAAACACCCUAAAGUCUUUGGAAAUAGCAAAGGCACGCCUACGCUCACGAACCACAUAUUCACCUGUAGAAAAACUAUUACAGCGUGCACUGGAGAACUAUAAAAACGAAUUGGAGAUUCUUAACAAGAAACUGCCUACCAAACAGACACACAAUAAAAAGACACAGGAACUUUCGGGUCAGGCAACAGCAGAGAAGAACGACUCGCAGGAGGAGGCAAGGCUAUACGAUCUGAUCAUGCAUAAUGUACUGGAGGCCAGCAACAAGAGCAACCAGGCAAACAGCGAAAGUCGCCGUAAUUGACAAUUUCUGCACAGUAUUUUUUUUUUAUUUUUAUUUAAUUUCUUUUUGUGGAAUUCUACGCUAUGUACUUUUGCUAGUCAAGGCAAGACGUGUUGCUACAGCCACUGAAAAAAGUUCAAUUUGCAAGCUGAAUAAACAGCCGGCAAGUGUACACACAUGACCAAA